GGCAGGAGGUGCUAGUCUUUGUCAAGAAGGGGCGCUAAUGCUGAAGAAAUCUGCCGGCUAAAUGCAAAAGCAGAAGAAGACAGGCACACGCUUUGUAUCUUCAUCCUGUUGUGUGUUUGUUGUGGAUUUUCUGUCCUCUGAAUAUGCUGAUUGGCAUGAGGUGUGUAAUCGAUGCCCUUUGUAGUAAUUUGUAAAGUCUGAGCUAAAAUGUUAAGCGUGGAGUCGCUGCAAGUUGCUGAGGAGGAGGUGGUUGAAUCCAGCUCCAAUAAACUCGGUGACAUUUACACUUUUGUGGCUAAAGGCUGCUUUCCUCAGACGAUGAAUCCUUUACGAAAGAAGAAUCUGAAGAGAUACGCCCAGAAAUUUAUCAUUGACGAGGGCAAGCUGUACUAUGUGGGACCCAAGAAAGAAGAGAAGCGGGAGGUGGUGAUUGAGGCCGAGAGGAAGAGGCAGAUUUUUCUCGACUGCCACUUCAACGACAUCGGCCAUCACCUGGGCCAAAAGAAGACCGUCCACAGGAUCCAGAGCAAGUACUACUGGCUUGGGAUCAUCAAGGAUGUAGUGGAUUGGAUUAAAGUGUGUGAGACCUGUCAGCAUACAGAGAGGAAUAAAAACCUGGCAAGGACUGUUCGGCCUAUCAAAGUGGACGCACCUUGGGACAUUGUUGGGAUUGACCUCAUAGGACCUUUCCCAGAGACCCAGCAAGGCAACACUAAUGUUACAGUCCUCAUUGAUUACUUUAGUAAAUGGCCAGAAGCAUUUCCAGUGCAAAAGACAGAUGCUUUCUCUGUUGCCAGAUGCAUCUCCAAAUGUAUAUACAGGUUUGGUGCCCCUAAAACAAUAGUGUGCACGCAGAAUGCUGACUUCUGUGAUGAGGUAACGAAACUGCUGUGCGACAGAUGGAGCAUCGUGCAGAAGGUUUCUCCUCUAGAGCAACCUCAGCUCAACCCGCUCCAUGACUGCACAAGUCCUUUACUAAAGGAAGCUAUAGUGCAGAUGGUAACGGAGAAGCAGGCCGAAUGGGACGACUUUCUAGACCCUGUGCUGUUUCUGUUCAGGACGUCCACCAACCCCACGACCAAGUUCACCCCUUACUCCCUCAUGUUCAACAGGAAAGCUAAUUUACCCAAUGAGACUACAUUGAGUCUGCUGAAUUAUGACGAACAAGAGCAGGAUAUGUAUUCCACAAGGGAGAAGGCCUCUACAUAUAUGAGAGUAAUGCAGGAGCAACAGAACUCUGUUAAGCAGCUGGUGAUGGCCAAUAUGAAUGCAGCCUACAAGCAAGAGAAGAAGAAGAACGCCAAACGCAGGGCGCAUAACAUGCCCUCGAUGACCUUUAAAAUCACAGAUCCUCUGUUCGGUGCAGGAGACUCACCUUCACCAAAAAAACUGAAAGACAGUUUAUAUUUGUCUUUUCCUGUGGAGACGGUGCUGGCCACCGAGCAAAGCAGCUCAGAAGACAUAAAGACUGAGUUAGCGUAUCACUUGGCUGAGUCUGAUGUCCACUGAGAAGGACAGUUUGAAAAGAAUGGAGAGAGAGGACACACCAGCGGAGCACAACCACAUCGACGUGAGCUGCCUGAAGUCUUGGACAGGGGAAGGAAAUCCAGAUGAGUGUGAUGAUUAGUGCUACCAACACUCAGUCAGUUGAGCACAAUGCGAGUUGAUGUUCUAAUUCUAGAUGAAUCUCGCACUUGGAAACAGAACCCAGUGGCCAAAGAAAAGGCCGUAGACACUGACCUACAUGAAUUGUUGAGCCCCCCCCCCCAGUUCCCUACAAAAUGUGUUGUUUCCCAUGAAAAUUAUGUUAACUUAUUUGUUUUCACUUUGUUGUACAAUAUAUUUUUACGCUGAAAUACUUUAAAAUAAAGGUAUUGUUUCAUUUGUGAAGCACAGGAAAUGA